AUUAAAAAGAAAAUUGUUGAUAAUCUUAGAUAUUCGAUCGGUUUCGGUAGGAAAGGCCUUAAGCUUUUCUAAUAGAUUUUUUGAAUUUAGAGUAUUCCACUUUUUGCAUGCUCGAAUAUACUUGAAAUUUACAUGACAUUCUACAUUUUAAGAUUUGUUUUGAUUCCUGGAAAUGUUUUCAAUAUGUUCUUAGACAAAUUUAUAAAUUUGUAAAUGAAAAAUUCUAUUUUGUGUUUUAUUUUAAUUUGGCUUUGCAUUUGAAAUGUGUUUAUUACCGGCACAGAAGAGUGGUUCCAGUUUAAAUGAGAGUUUAACGUCCGUCAGUAGUGAGUCCUUCGUGCAUACAACUAGUUUUAAGCAAGGAUCACAGAAUACAGCAGGGGAACCCAAGUUUCUUAUUGUCGGCGCCGGUGCGGCCGGUAUCGCCUGUGCGGUGUCAUUGUUGAAAAAGGGUUUCAAGUGUGUGACCAUAAUUGAGGCGGAGAAUCGGAUCGGUGGACGGAUUUAUACAAAACAAUUUAGUCACAAUAUUGUAGAAAUGGGUGCACAUUGGUGCCAUGGUGAAAAGGGUAAUAUUGUCUUCCAAAUGGUUGAUGGUAAAAAUAUGCUGCGUUCCUCAAGUUAUAUCUACACGAACUUCGAUUGCAUACGGUCUGAUGGCGAGGUCGUGCCGAGUGAUGUGGUGCAACAAUUGAAAACAAUAUUGGCACAAAUAUUUUCCAAACGUGACGAGGAAUUACCAACAUUUGAAGGUACACUCGGUGAAUACCUUUUCAGGAAUUUCUUCAAAAUAUUACACCGUGAUGAAUAUAAGAACAUCGAUGAAGUAAUCGCAAAAGAGUUUUUCGAGAAUUUCGCAAAAAUUGAACGAUCGGAAACAUCCGCGGGGCUUGAUGAAAUGUCUGGUCGGGGUUUUCAAAGUUAUAAAACCUGCGACGGCGAUUACUUAUUGCAUUUUGAAGAAGGUUUUCUGCACUUUCUACGCAUACUAAUGGGUGCAGAUGAGCUUGGAAAUGAUUUGGGCAUACUCGAAGACAAAAUUCUAUUCGGUAUACGCGUGAAAGAGAUCAUAUGGAAACGGCAUGACUUCAAAGUCGAGGUGACAUGUGAGAACACAAGUGCCAUCUUCCUCGUCGAUCAUGUUAUAGUGACGGUUUCAUUGGGUGUACUCAAAAGCAGAGUAAAUCAAAUGUUCACUCCUGAAUUGCCAAUAUCGAAGCUAAAUGCCAUCGAAGGACUUGGUUACGGUAGCAUUAUGAAAAUAUAUCUCGAAUUUCCUGCACCAUUUUGGAGUACUCAAUGGACCGGCUUGGCAAUGCUUUGGCGUGAAGAAGACGCUGCGGAGAUACGUGGCAGCCAACGUGCAUGGUUGGAAGAUAUUUACGGCUUCUACAGAGUACCCAAGCAGCCAUGCACACUGGUCGGUUGGUUGGUCGGCUCGAAUAUACCACUCGUUGAAACAAUGUCAGAUUUUGAUGUGAUUGACGGUUGUUUAUACUUGCUGAGACGUUUUCUACCCCAAUGGAAAAUAAAUAAUGUUGUAGAUUUGGCUAGAAGUACUUGGGAUACCAACAUAAACUUCAAUGGCUCAUUUUCUUUUCGUUCACUCAAAACGGAAGAGUUGUCCACAUCGCCGGCAGAGUUGGCACAACCAAUAACUAUGCUGGGGCCGGCCCCAACCUAUCGUGUGGUCAAUCCUCUUAAAGGCGCUUUAGCCGUUAAGCCGGUAGUACAGUUCGCUGGCGAAGCUACACACGAUUGCUAUUUCGGUACAGUGCAUGGUGCAGUAGAAACCGGUAUACGAGAGGCCAAACGUCUAGAAGGUUACUAUGCGGUAGAUAUAUAGCUAAAUCCAUGUAAUAUUUACAAUAAAACAAUUUAAGAGUAUACUGCAAAAUUAAAAUGGUACAGGUACAUGGUUUUAUUGUCUGCAAAGUAGGUUCUUUAUAUUGCUCUGAAAUGAAAUGAAUCAGAAAUGAAAUGUGUCUGUCAAAAGUGAAAGCCUUGAGGAACAUGAACAGCUAUCAAUACCAAUAAUUAUUGAGGUCCGAUUAUAUAGAUCCGAUAUUCCAAAUUUGAUAGUUUUUGUUCGGUUAAUACUCGUAUGCAGAGAUACGUAAAGUCCAUAUACAGGUCCGUUAUUAGACAGUUCCUGUGUCGUUUUAGCACUGCCAAGUACUUCUCACCUAGUCUUAUGGAUGGAAAC